UUUUGGUUCAUUCAUUCUCCUGAAAGAGAAACCACUGCCAUUCAAGAAUUCCAGAACCAGAUGAAACAACUUCAGAAUAAGUACCAAAGUCAGGAUGAGAAGCUGUGGAAAAGAAGUGCAACAUUCCUAGAAAAGCAUCUUAAUAGCUCCCAUCCUCCACCCCAGCCCGCUAUCCUGCUGCUUACCGCGGCCCAAGAUGCGGAAGAAGCACUGAAGUGCCUGAGUGAACAAAUUGCUGAUGCCUAUUCUUCUUUCCGUAGCGUCCGUGCCAUCCGGAUUGAUGGGACAGGCAAAGCUGCUCAAGACAGUGAUGCUGUCAAGCUAGAAGUGGAUCAAGAACUGAGCAAGGGAUUUGAAAAUGGCCAGAAUGCAGCUGUGGUACAUCGCUUCGAGUCCCUGCCCCCAGGCUCGACUUUGAUCUUCUAUAAAUAUUGUGACCAUGAAAACGCAGCUUUCAAAGAUGUAGCCUUA